AUGUACACGAGCUGCGUUGUCAGCGGUCAACAACCAAACGUCUGGCUUAGAAGUAAUCCUGUCACAAUCCCAAGUGCAGUGAUACAGGUUUACAUUGCUAUUCAAUACCGCUCGAAGAACUGUACAAUGUUGGAUGGAGAUGAUUUCUGUAGAGAAUAUUUUGACCUUUACGUGCAUCAGUCCUGGAAUAAAGAGGUACCCGAACCUCCAGGAAACAAUUCCACCUAUUCAAAGAUUGCUAAGAUAACUGCACCGAUCCCAGGUGUCUACGCAAGAGUAACAAAAAUAUCUAGUGUUUCAGUGAAAGGAAGGUACAUCACGCUGGCUUUUCAUAAUCAGGGCUCUUGCAGCGUCAUUUAUUCUGUUGUUGUCAGUUAUUUCUUUUGUCCAGAAUUUACAUCUGGUACUGGCUUGGUGUCCUUACCACGUUCCAUGGCUCCAGCAAACAAUUCAGAACCAGUAGAAGGUCGAUGUGUCGUAAAUGCUGUCCAUUAUCAAGGUGCUGUAAUGUUAGACUGCCAAAGCGAUGGCUUUUGGAACAUCAGCUCACUUCAGGGAGGUUGUGUAUGCAAGGAGAAGAUGGAAAAUGCAGGAGGAGAAUGUAGAGGUAUAUUAUGACCAAAUUAAAAUUCAUUAGCAAAAGAAAAACAACGACAAGGCUUAAGUCACACAUUCAUAAAUUAAGGCAAGCCUUAAGGCGAAACCCCGACCAUUUCUUUUUCCACAAGUGCGAUCAUAGACAUAAAGCACAAUUGGAUAAGGCCCGUACUUGGCAUCCGAGUCUCUUGGGAAGAUAUCCACCGCGGAAAAUGUUAUUUUAGUGGUUUGAUAAAAAUCGUUUUGCAAGCAAUUCUGAUUUUGUCGAAUAACCUCCACGUUCGUAAUUUCCUUUUGUUCUAGAUUGCCCAGAGAGAAAAUACAACGAUCAGAAUGGUUUGAAUUGCACAGGUGAGGAAUUGGUCAUGUCCAUGCUCAGGCCAAGUAUCAAAUCUGCUUUUCAGUUUCCUUUUACUUGCAACACAAACGACGGAAGGACUCUCGCUUUUCCGUGAGCAUUCAUAUAUCACUGCAAAAUGCAAAUCAUUUUUAUCAGAACCGUAUGCAUUACGUUCUAAGGGAUAUCAGUUGAUGGGUGAAUGCAUGGGUGAACGGUAGUUCGGUUCUGUAAAAUACGCUUUAAUUUUCAAUACCUAUAGUGAUACCAUCAACUCCGAGGGAUGUCAAGGUUGCAUUCGUAAACCAAAGUGGAGUUGAGAUAACAUGGCAGUCUCCAUUAGAAACUGGUGAUCAGACACACGUGAUUUAUGACGUCAACUGCCUCAUACGAAAGAUAUGUAGUAUUGAUGACGUCGAUCGCGACAACUGUCUUUACGAGAAUUGUUCACGUGACGUAAGAUACAUUCCUAAUAAUAAAGGUUUGAAAAUGAACCACGUGAUAGUGAUGGGGCUAUCUUCAUUUGUGAAUUACACUUUUAAAAUCCUCGCCAAGAAUAGAGUAAGUGAAGUAGCCAAAAGAAUUUAUGGAGAUGAAGGAAAUUUUGCAACACUGAACAUAAUGAUUGAAGGAUUAGGUAAGUUGUAAAACUUUCACUUUGGACAUGGUAAUGAAUUUAGCUUACACAUUCCCUAUACUCGUUUUUUUUUGCGACCCGAGGGGAAAUGAACUCGAAGUAUUCAUGAAUUCCCGAAGCUAGACGGGAAUUACGAUGGGCGACUCUUUCACAAUGUAUUGCUCACAAGGCAUGCCCCUCUUAAUACUCUAUUCUUCAGAUCAUUCAAAUAUCUCUGUUCCAUUCAGCGAACAAAAGAUAAACAGGAUAAAUUAGUUUUCUGAGAAGAAAAAGUGUAAAGGACACCGGUAGAAAUAAAAUUGUGACGGUAGUGAUAUAAAAGUUGAAAUAAUAACAAGGGAAUUGAAAAGUUAAGUCCCACCAAAGCAACCACUCAUAGGUAAUGCUCAUCAAAGAACUUUUUUUCGUGUCUUACGCAGAGGUAUCUUCAAGCACUGCAGCCCCACGAACUAAAGGUAAGUGAAGUAAUUCCAGUCUAAUCUGAAAUUUUUUUAUCUUAUUAACCAGUUUCUUUGAAUUCAACAGACACCUGUUUGUUAGCAUUCCCUGUAAUCCUUGUAGUGCGAGUUGUGCAUAUGAUUGGUGCAUUCUCAGUUGACAAAGGACUAUCUGAAUUGUGUGUCCACGAUUUCUUCCGAUUGUUGUAAACGUUAGAGCUUAGAGCUCAGCUCUAACGCCCAUCAUUCCUCUUAGUGAAAAUAUAUCUCCAAAAACCAAAUAACUGGCAACGUCACUUACUUUUCCUCUCCCGAGCCGUACCUCCUGUCCAUUUGAAAGUAGCUAACAAUGAAACUAUCGGAAGGAACGAUUAUAUAAUUGACAUUCAUGGAUAAAAACUUGGAUUAUAUUCUUAAACGCGGUCUAAACCUUGCUUGAAUGAUCGGCCUCUAAUUCAAUCUACUUGCGACAUGGAAACAGACGACUGAAUCAUAAUCACUAAAUUAUUAUUUUGAAAGACAUUUUGGUAACUAUGCUCUCACAGCAACUAACAACCUUCUUCCAUCUUUUUGUAGUCUCAUUUAAGACAGUUUCCGCAAAACUGGAAAAAGGUAGAUUAUUUACUUGAGCAAGAAUAACUUUAAAACAACCAAAUUUUUUUCAAUUAGCGCUCUCAGAACCUUGAAACUUCCCCUGCGGUAUCAUCUAUUUUCUGUCAUAUAGAGACCGGUCGCUGAUCCCUAAAGUUUAUCCGAUAAGUAGUUUACAACUAGUUGUAUUUGACUUUUAAGACACAUUUCUCCUCUUUUGCACACAAUCCAAAAAGAGAAAUCCCUCACCUGAAGUAAAAUAGUUCCUUUAAAUGCUAAACUAUAAAUUAACUGUAACUGUAACUAAUCAAACUGUGCAUCUUAUUUCAAUUAGUAGACACCAUGAAUGUAAUUUAUCUGAACGUCAUCUAUGGAUUUGUGGGGCUGAUAGUUCUGAUCAUUUUAUUUUUCUGCUACACCACUUUUGGAAGGUAAGGGUAGAAGUGAUACAAACGCUGACAAGCUUUGAAAAGUUAGAAACGUGGGUGAAAAGGCUUUUCAACCCUGCGGCGAGAAAUAAGGCAGAUCAUGUGAGAACUCCGACAAACGCGGAAGAGCAAUGAACAUUGCCUUUAGUAAAGUGGCGUGUUCAUGCUGAAAAAUACAAAUUUCCAAGGAGUUUUAGUGAGAAAGAGGAAAAAAAUACGUUUUUGUAUUUUGUUAAUCCUUAUCUCUUCCCAGGUGGCGCCUCCGAAGACAAGAAAAUGAUGUGCAAAUGACAGCCCAUUCAGAGGGCAGAGAGUACGACGGUAAAUGUUACACGUAUCAAGUGACACGCAUCUUAUCUUGCCUAGAAAUAUUUUCAUAACGAUAAUCAUCAGGAUGAAAAACACCAGUGAUGAUGAAAAUGAUAACCAUCAUAAUAAUAGUUAUGAUAACAAUGAUGGCACUGAUGAUGAAGCUAAUUAUAAUGAUGAUGUUGAUGAUAACUUAAAAGCCGAUCGCAGUUACAGUUACAUCCGUAAAAAUACAUUUUUCUUAAAAAUGGAUUUACUUAGCAGGAACGAUUUCAUGGAAAAGGUGAGUGUUUCAGAGCUUCGGCUUAUAGCUCCACCUUCUAUGGGGUGCCCUAUUAUUGGUUCGGGGUGAAGGAGGCAUUUGGGUCGAUUAAAUGGGCGAUCCAAACUUCAUAAAUAUUGAAUGGUUUCACUCUGAAGAAAGUGAAUUUAUGUAUUUUGGUCCUUAACUUUUUCCAAGCGGUACCAAUGCUUCCUCUGGUUGUGGCUAAAGAUCAAACCACAAAUGAAAUUUUGGAUGGUUUUGAGCUCGACCGCGCACAACUAAAGCUCGUAAAAUUGCUUGGAACCGGAAACUUUGGCCGAGUAUCCAAGGCUAUUUACGGGCCUUCCCAGAUACAAGUGGCCGUAAAAUCUCUGAAAGGUAGCGUUUCAUAAUCCUUUCCAUAUUUUUGUCAUUGUAAUCGAGUAUAGGUGAAAGUAAUACAGGGUAAAAGACAUAUAGAGAUCACAGUUGUAAGAUGAUAAUAGGCCUCUCUAAUAGUGUCAAAAGUGGAAUAACACCCAUUUCCGGCUGAAAAACUUGACAGCGAGAAGACUGAAUCGGAAAUCUGCGGAUUGGUUACUCUCGGUUGUCUCCUACGAGUGGCCUUCCCUGAUAUCAGUCAUUCAAGGAACACUUACAAUUCUUGAUACAUUUUACGCAACACAUUGAACUCGUUACUUAUUCUUAAAAAAAGAUUCUUACCUUGCUUCCCGUUCAGAGCGUUUACAAAAAAACUUCAAUCUGGUAUAUUGGUAUUGUGGUGGAUUAGCAAAACGGCUGUCUAGUUGAUUGUACAGCAAUCAAUAAGAUUUAAUUGAUUUACGUUAUUAAUAUGUUAAUCCAGCAAUUGUCAUUUUGUAUCCAUCAAAUUCUUUAAGCAUUAUCUGCCUUGAGAGUCAGCAAUUUAAAAUGAAACGAACACGACUUGUUUGUAGGUUGCUUCACGCGCGCAAACACACCCGAUAUAUAAGCAGUUGUUUAGCAUGUUUUCGUUUUUAAUGUGUCAUAGACAAUGCCGAAAAAGAGGACCUAGAAAGCAUCAUUAUGGAGUUGGAAGUUAUGAAAUCUCUGAGGAAUCAUCCUCACGUCGUUGGUCUCAUUGGUCAUUGUAUAGAGAAAGGUGCUUUGUUCAUGUUUUCUUAUCAUAUUUCGUUUUGUUGUUCGUUUCUUUUUUUGGUGUGUUGAUCUUUCUCAAAGUUAUUUUAGUCGUAGAAUUUCUUUCUGUCCCCCUUUCUUCUCCCUUUCCAUCUUCGUUCUUCUCCGUCUUUUAACUUUGACUUCUCUUUCUUGUACUUGUUUUUGUCGACUCUAUACUUUGCAUUCCGAUGCAAUUUUUUUAGUCGAUAAUCUUUCAAAGGUCGAUGCCUCGUAAUCUCCUUCUUUCGCCAUCAUGAUUGAUUGAUCAUCGUGCAAUUUGAAAGAAGAUUAGGACUACCAAACUUUGGAAGAAUUUCAAUGUAGUCAGCAUUUCAUCUUCAGUAUUGUUACAAGUUUGUCGUCCUUAAACCAGUUUGCCCUCAUAGCUUGGGAAUCCUCUAAUAACUACCAAACUACCACCACCACCGGCAUCACCGUGGCUGCCGCCGCCACUACCACUUCCAUUUUUCUCAUCCCUCUCAACUUAAAGCGAUCAGUUUACUUUCAUAAAUACAGAUCCCGUGUUUAUCGUUUUGGAGCAUUUACCAUACGGGGAUUUGUUGGGAUACCUGCGUAAGAGCAGAGGAAUUGAAGACAAUUAUAACACAGGAGAAAAGGAACCAAGUUCAGCUCUUUCAGAAAAGGACCUCCUGUCUUUCGCGUGGAUGAUUGCUGAUGGUAUGGAUUAUUUAGCAUCAAUGAAGGUGAGAAAUCUAGUGUCAAAGUCAAUAACGUACUUAUUUAGCCGUUGUAGACCACAAAACAGUCUCAUGUUUCAUUAGUGUGAGCUUAAAUGUUUGGUUGCAUAUUCUCCAUACUGUUCUCUUUACAUUUCCUAUUACAUUAGAAAGAGGAAUAUGUUUCGUGAUCAAGAAAUUAUUCAUAAACUGGCAAUAGUUUCCUUUCUUCUCAUGACCUUAAAGUUUGAUUCAGUGAUGACAGUUACUAGUAGUGGAUAAAGGGGUUACAUCCUCAGAAAAUGACAUUAUUUACUAGUUUUUCAAACUUAAUAUGGAUGGAAACAGGGAAUGGAAAUCUAGUUACACCUUUUUUUAUUCCAAAUGUAGUUUUCAAUCAAUUACCCCCAUUUCCUCUAUUUAUAAACAUUCACAUACCAUUUUUCUCAAACUAAACGAGGUUAUACCUGCCAGAUAUAUCAUACAUUAUACUGGGAUUCUUUUUUUUUUCUUUGGAAAUUUUUAUUGCAUACUUCGAAGUAGAGAUCUAGGGAAUGGAACGCUACAUGGAAUGGCUCAGACAAUGGCUCAUUCUUAAAACGAAAUGCGAAUCUUUCUACAGCUAGGCUCAUUCAAUAUCAUGACUUUUUCAUUCGUCAUGUACGAUAUAUCUUCCCCUUUCUCUUUUAUGUCGGCAGUACAAACUGUAUAGCUCAACUAAUAGAAAACAGCUGCAAUUUCUAUAGCCACUAAAAACCUUUUCUUUUUGUUGGAGGUUAAAAAACAAAAGGCAACUUUUUUUUGCUUUUUGAAGGUCGUCCAUCGGGAUUUAGCAGCUCGAAAUGUGUUAGUUGGAGAAAACAGAGUGUGCAAAAUUUCAGACUUCGGACUGGCACGUAGUUUGCAGGAAGAUAUCUACACGAGAAGGACUCAGGUUACUAAAAUUACAAGUACUAAGAUGCAUGAUGAAGGAUACUGUGAUUCUGCAUGAAAUGUUACCUUUGAAAUUGACGUCCGUAAAUAUAAAAAGUACUGACGAACGAAAGUACCAACGUCUACAUGAAUGGCUCUAACAAUUUGCUGAUGAGUUGAUUUCAAUUUUCAGGCCCGACUUCCAAUCAAAUGGAUGGCCCCGGAAUCCAUUUUCAAUGCUGAGUCGACAACAAAGAGUGAUGUGUUGGUUGAUGCAUUUAUAUGAUGUAUAAGUAUAGUGUCAAGUUCAAAACGAAGUGUAUAGAACACACAUUCUUGAUUCAUGAUUUUACUUCUUUAGCGGGCAUCUUGUUGUUUGAGCUUUCUUUGAGGACUGUUUAAGCUUUAAGUCUGAUUAUAAUUUCUUUAUCUAGAAUCAGCAAUGAUUGAUGUCUUCUCCCUUAAACUGUCAUUUAAUUAAAAAUUGUGUUUUGAUUUCCUUUAUACAGAUGGUCAUACGGCAUUGUAAUGUGGGAACUGUUUACCCUCGGUAUGUUAAUUUAAUCAGAAAGAGAUCGUUCUUUCACAGAAGAAAACGUCGCACAUUGUAGAAAAAAGAUAAAAAGCGUUGAAAAAUAAAGAAACAUACAAAAAAAUAAAAUAUAACAAAUCAAUAAUGUCUAGAAGGCAAAAAAAAUAUAUUUUUGAACGAAUUGAAGCGAGUGCAAAAACGGGAAAUAAGGCUGGAGCAAGAGGCUAUGGAAUCAAUGUUGCACCCGUUUGGCCUCCUGUGCCUUGCGAACACUGAUAUAGACUGCUUUGUAGCACUCUGUCUUCCUUUAUGUUUAAUACUGACGGUAAUAUUAAAUAGAUACUGCAAACAGAUGGUGAUAACCGAUGUUCUAUCCAACAGGGGGAUCGCCAUAUCCUGGUGUUAGUGUCCGAAAACUCAUUUCAUUGUUGGAGGGUGCAUACCGCAUGCCAAAACCGAACCACGUCUCAGAGAAACUGUGAGUGAGAUGUUUCGUUAUAGUCGGAGCUAUUCCGCAGUUCAAUAUUUUAAGUCUUAAAUGUUAAAAUCCCACUCCACCACGAGUGUUUAAUCUCGAGAAAGAUCUGGGGAUGAAUACAAAGCGAAUUUCCUUUCAGCCCAGAGACGCUAAGCCUCAAGCAACAGAUUUUAACGUGAACAUACCACUUUGAUUCACUUUUUGAAUCAUGAUGCCCGCUGUCCACAAUAGUGGUGGUAGUUCUAAGCUAGGGUGGCAAGUUUCCUCGGCCACUGAGCUGAAUACUGUCGUGUAAGGCUCACUUCGCAUUCAUCAUACUCUUAUACAUUUAGGUAUGCCAUAAUGAUGGAGUGUUGGAACGAACAGCCCCAAAAUAGACCAACAUUCAAGUGGAUUCGUUAUGCAGUCAAAAGACUUCAGGAUGACCAGCAGGUUAGUUUGUUGCGGAUUUUCGAUUUUUUUAAAAAUAGAGGAGAGCCUCGUUACACCGUGAACAUCUAUGGUCCAAAAACGAUUUGUCCUUCUAUUUUAUAGCCUUAAGAGAAGAUUCAGAUAAAUUUUCCUGAAAGAGGAAAAUAUGAUUCUUGGAAACGAGAUAGAAAGGAGACACUUCUCCAUUGUUCCUUCGUACAUGUAUUAUGACUGUCUGUCUUCUGAUUGUCUAUUGGGAGGAAUAGAUCAAUUCAACCUUGUUUUUAUACACAACUUAUUUGGUCUCACGCGGAUAACCAUCGGCGACGAAACUAUUAACACUACCGUUAAUAGGUGUUAUGUUUUUUAUCCCUUAUAUCCUUACAUUCACCUCCAUCUCCCACUCCAGUUAAACUUCAUUUCUAAAUACUUCCUUAAGACUGGCUUCUUGGAGGUCAACUAAUAUGAGGCCUGUAAUACCUGUACUUUAUCGCUCAAAGUGAUCCUAACACUUCAUGAGAAUGUUCUUCCCGAACACUGAUCUUAUCGACAUCAAUAUCAUUAAUUUCUUUAUUGAAGUAUUUGGCGUAGUAAGUAUUGGUUUCAUUUUAUUUGCAGGUCUACGUGAACUUAGAAGGCUAUGACGACCAGGAAUACUUAAUUAUAAUGUAACAGAGAAAAAGGAAGUGCUUAAAAUUUCAAUGUGUAAGGCUUAUGUUCAAACCACUUACUGCAAAAAAUGUAAGGGGAACAAUGACAAGGGUUUUAAUAUAGAAUUUAAGAAAGUUAAAAAUUAUACCCAGGAAGAAAGAUGAGAACAAAAAGAGCAAAGGAGAGAUAAUUUAAUCUCAAUAACAGAAAUUUUCAUCCAAAAACGUUUUGAAAGCUAAUCUUUUGGGAAAUUGUUGUUUAAUUGGGUCGGGUUAUAAAAAACUA